GCCGUCACGGGUCAGGUCUCGACGUGUGGUCUGCUGAUGCUUUAACAAUCAUCAAGCGAUACUCGUGGAUCAAAACAACCGUCAAAUCCUCGCGAGAAUAAAUUAAAUUUCCACUCUCUCAUUUUUUUUUCUACUCCCAUGAUAUCAAUGAACAAGCAAAUUGCUAUGUGCCGAAGCAAUUCAGUGAUGACACGUGAAUACAAUUCUCGGAAAAAAAUUUAAUCCCGGGGCUUCGUGGAACGACUGAUCAAUGGAUUUUUCGAUCAGAGGUAAAUAAAUUGGAAAUAAACAAUGCAGUCGAAAUCCGUGGCAUUGGAAGGACUCUAGACGGUGGAAAUCAAACGUGCCAAUCAAUGAAGUGUAUAAUUUUCCUUCCAGUGAAAUAUUUUAACCAAAAAAAAAUCCUUCACAUGUGCAUCAGUGUUUCAAACCACGUUGUUACACUCCCCGUGUUUCGUUUAUUGAAUAACCAAUUGAUAAUCCCGCCACAUGCGCACAACACGUGAAAUAUCGUUGCGCGAUGCAUGCGCAAAGUUUUCAGUGGUAAAGUGGUGGGUAAAGUGAAACUCGCUGAAUUUAAUUGCAACUGAAUUCGCAUAAUUAAACGCGCCAGAGUGUAGACACGUAUAAAUUCAACGAUACAACCCUUAUUUCGGAGUUGUUUGAACAGUGGCUGAAUAGACUAAGGAUAUCCAAUUGGUUUCGUGCUUUAACAACUUUUUGAAAUGGAAUUAUCAAGCUCAUCUGGGGCUGUCUAAUUUCUUCGUUACACGCUGACAUCUUAUUUACAUUUAUCAUACGGGAGAAUUUUCCCCAAACGAAUGGAAAAAUCAAGCCAGUGCAUUCGCCAUGGGAAUAUCGACGCAAGUGAUCAAAAACCUAUCAUUUACAUUUAUCUACAUGAAGCGACAGUAGUUUUUUGAUCGAUUGUUGCGAGUUCCACUGGCUCUCAAACGGCCAAUAAAUCACUAGAUUUUCAGUCCAGGGGGCGAUUCGGUGUACAGUGGAAACAAGUGAAAAAGAAAAAAUCGGAAAUAACAUUGGAGUAUUGACUGUCACUGAAUCCGUUGGGACGCAAACGGCAAAAUCAACGUCGAUCAAUUUAUACGGUUGGAGGGGCAUGAACAAAAGGGAGAUAACGAAUGUUGGAAAAACAUUACAAUAAACUCAAAUGUUCGUUAACCAGAUAUUGCAUUUUGAAAUCAAUUGAUGUUUGGCAUUUCGUGGGGAAUACGUGUCAUGAAGGAGUGAAUUUUCGAUUCAAGUUUAUUCACCGAUGAGAUCAAUUUUCAAUUUACGUAAUUAUCUGUGGAAUCCAUCGCAAGAUACGGAAUUUUGGGAAGAUUUUUUACGAAAGUCAAAUGUUGGAAGGCAGCGUCACUUGGCAGAGGAGAGAUAAGGAAUUUGCAAUAAAUUUAAAUGUCAUCUCUCUACGAUUUGGAGUCUUCAGUCUUCAAGGAGGGAAUGAAUUGGCGAAGAAUUAUCGAAAAAUCCGAAAAUAUGAAAUCUGAAGAAUGAAAUGGGAGGGUCGUAGCAGCGGCCGGAAGAGCCCUCGUUGGCAAUUAGUGAUGGACAAUGUUCAGAGGUGUCUGAAUCAUCGACAGUGAAGAGUUUGACCAAGACACCAAGGGGCGGAGACAGGAGAAAUAGCCACCGGAGGAGCAAUCAGCGUUUGCAAUUGUGUACAUGUGAAAAGUAUUUGUGGUGGUGUGUGGAUAAAAAGUGGUGGGGCAGAACCAAGGGCAAUAUGAAGUGGUGCAUAGCGGUGAUUUACGUAUUGGGAGUUGUUGGUGGACGGGGUCAGGAGUUGCAGGAUUUGGACAAGCCUGUGCCAAUCGCUGAUGUUUACGGCGUGGCUGGACAUAAAGCACAGCUACCGUGUAACAUUUUGACGAGAAGAAACGAUCGCGUUGACAUGGUACUCUGGUUUAAGGGCGAGGGUGGUCCACCCAUUUACACGGUCGACGUACGCCAUAAGCAGUUCAGCAAUGCUGAAUUAUGGUCAUCGCCUCGGGUACUUGGUGCAAGGGCAUACUUCAUGACUGCCGCACAUCCAGCUCACCUAAGUAUUGAUAAACUUAAGACUGGUGAUGGUGGAUUGUAUCGAUGCCGAGUUGAUUACAGCAAUUCACCCACUGCCAUACAUCAUGUUAAUCUCAUUGUCAUAGUUCCUCCAGAGAAGCCUGUAAUUCGUCACCAAUCAUCUGGAAAUAUAUCACACAUGGAGGAGACGUACAACGAAGGAAGUGACGUGACACUUAUCUGUGAAGCACGCGGUGGCAGGCCUCCACCCCGAUUAACGUGGUACUACGAAAACAAUGUCUACGAUCUUUCGUAUGAGUACAACAGUACAACUGAUAUGACAACGAAUUUGCUGUAUUAUCCCAACAUCGGACGACAGCACAUAAAAACUAGGCUUGUGUGUCAAGCCAACAACACCAACAUUGUGCCACCUCUGACGAAGCUUGUGAUACUCGAUGUUAACAUGAAACCGUUGCUGGUGAAGAUCAUCACAAAAGAGGACAAAGUAUCAUCCGGCAAAAAAUAUGCAGUAGAAUGCAGAUCGUGGGGUUCAAAGCCUCCAGCUGCCAUGACUUGGUGGAAGGACAGCAGGCAAAUAACAGACGUUAUUCAAAACUAUCAACCGGAGAACAAUCAGAGCAUCAGCAUCCUCGAAUUCGUGCCAAGCAUCGAGGACGACGGCAAGUACCUGACUUGCCGUGCUGAGAAUCCAUCGAUUCCCGACAGUAUAGUGGAGGAUAAAUGGGUACUAGACGUGCAGCAUCAGCCGGUGGUCAGCCUCAGAAUGGGUGUUACUCUUAAUCCACACGGCAUCAAGGAGGGCGAUGACGUUUAUUUCGAGUGCAUUGUUAGAGCUAAUCCGAGGGUUUACAAAUUGGCGUGGUUCAAAGAUGAAAAAGAACUGAAGAACAACGCAACAGCGGGAGUAGUUCGGAGCGAUCGCUCCCUUAUUCUGCAAGGCAUAACCCGAGGGGCGGCUGGUGAUUACAAAUGUCUGGCGGCCAACAGCGAGGGAAAAACCGCCAGCAACACCGUAAAACUCGAAGUGAUGUUUGUUCCAGUCUGCAAAGAAGGUAAAAGUGGAAUUGUAGUUGGUGCACUGAAACAAGAGACAGUCUCGUUGAUAUGCGCCGUGGAGAGUCACCCGGUGCCCCUGACGUACCAGUGGACUUUCAACAAUUCCGGUGAACUUGUUGAUCUUCUACACUCCCGUAGUCACGCAUUGGGCUCCUCAAAUAGUCAAAAUCCGGCUGAAAGUCUUAAGGAAUAUCAGCAGUAUCAUGGCUCAAGACUCAACUACACACCAGCAACGGACAAGGAUUACGGAACGCUGGCGUGCCGAGCAACCAACGUACUCGGCAGACAACUAACGCCCUGCCUCUUUCAAGUAAUAUCAGCGGGUCGUCCCCAUGCACUGCACAAUUGUACAGCAUCUGAAAUGUCAAAUAGCAUUGAAAUUGACGAUUACAUUGGUAAAUCAGGGUCAGGGUUAACAGUACACUGUUUGGAGGAUUAUCAAGGUGGUCUACCUAUAGAGAGUUAUCAGCUUGAAGUUGUUGGCGAGGAGGACGAUGGAGAGAUACUUUUAAAUAGAACAGUACCAGCUGGACCGAAUGGACCAGUCUUUGAGGUCGCUGGCCUCACUGCUGGCAGAAGUUAUCGAUUGUUCCUGUAUGCUGUAAAUAGCAAAGGCAGAAGUGAACCAACGAUACUAGAGCCUGUCACUCUGAAGGGUGUCGCGAUGUACACAACUGGUAAUACGGAUGCCUCGGUGCUGAGUCCGCUGUUGCUGGGUCUGACCGCAAUAGCGACACUACUUGCACUCGCGGUCGCUGGAAUUCUAGCUGCAUUGUACAGGAAACACUCGGGCGGCAGAAACGGAAGUCCCAAGCAUGCACCAAUCGUAUGCGAAGCACCGAAUACUGGUGCUACUACACCCGUACAUCCGUCCAACAAGCAGGCGGUUGAUGACAUUGAUCCGGAUAUUAUACCGAAUGAGUAUGAGCGAAGACCCUUGACGUAUACACCAGUCUACAAGACACCACCCCAACGCCGUAGGAAAGAACGUGAUAUGGAUGAUGGUACGUCGCUCGAGAAAAAGCCCAUUGUCGAAGCAAGUAUGGAUAUCCAUUGCGAUACGGACGUGAGACUGAUGGAUGGAUCAUUAUCGUCAACGAUAAACUAUCCGCAGAAUCAUGUUGUACAUCAGAAUACUUACAGUCAGGCACCGACUAUGGCUGACUUCAAACAGAUGGCGAUGGACGCCUACAAUCAGCGAAAUCAUCAAAAUGUCUAUUACAGCCUGCAGAGGUCGAGCAAGGGACUGGGGCCAAUAUCCCAGAGGCCAGUGUCCUCAUCUCUCUCGGCACACGGAAAGUUUCACCAGCCGGAAGUGGUCACACGCUCGAAUCGAAUACAGGAGAGUUGUAUAUGAAGAACACACACAGAGGGUGUAGAGAAGGACGGAAAAUACACUAUGGUGUAGAGGUUCUACCCCUCGUGAAUGUGAGCCCUUCUGUUGUUUUACUAUUUUUUUUUCUGCCUCUCCUUUUUUAUUUUUCACCUACUGUUCAAGUGGCGCAUUCACGCGUACGUCGUCGUACACAUGCGUACGAUCAAGAAAAAUGUUUUUGCGGACCAGUGGCCUGUGUCGAGAGAAAAAAAAUAAUAAUAAGGGGUGGACACGUUCAGCGAGUUGUGAAAAUGCUCGUUGGUUCACUGGGCACAAAAGUAAAUUUGUGUUUGUGAUGAACACAAAAUGGAAAUAGUGGAAAUGGUUGAGAACAUUGAAAUUGUUUUUAUUCCAUGUACAAACUAAUACCUAAUUACCGUAAUUCGUGUUUUUUAUAAUGAAGUAGACGGGUGGACGCGUUGAUUGCACUAUAAAAACUAGUGUCUUAAAUAUUUAAAACGUCUUAAUUUCAGACAUUGAGUCCGAAUAAGGUGGCUCGUCGGCCAAUGUUCCAAUAAGACGUCGGUAAUUCAUUAGCGACGCGGUAAGAUGGUUCAAGUUGAUUUUGAUUAUUCAGUUUUCAAUGAAUAUCUCGAAAUGUGAUCAUUAUUUCGGUAUUUUCCACAGAUAUUCAUCGAAAACUCUUCGCUACUGAAUUCCAAACAAAAGUUUCUCCGGUGUAUAGGUAGAUUUUAAUAGAUUAUAUACAUAAUAAAUUUCUAUAUUUUUGUCCCUCAAAAACUAGGUAUUACGUGAAUGUAAAUCAGUGUUGUGUGAGCGUCAGAAAAGCGAGCUAACGUAAAAAUCCGUCUCUCAGAUUAAAGAGAUUCAAGUAGUUCGGACUAUCUUCCUAAUGCUCUACAGAGUUUGCGGAACGGACCAAGAGUAUUUUUUAGACAGCAUUAAUCUUAGUUUUGGAACACUUUUUCGAGAAAUCGAUUUUUGAUAACAACAAAAUCAUCGACGCGUACAUGAUUAUGUGCAUUAAAUUCUCUAGUUUUUUUAUCACAUUAAAAAGAAGUUGAGUUUCUGGAUGUAAUUGCAAAUGAUCAAAUCAAAAGCUUCCUCACGUUUCUGACGUCGAGAACGAUCCGUUCAAGUGAUACUUCAACAGAAUUUACAAGUUUAUAUGGGGGGUCUUUGAAAUCUUCUGAAAUCUUAUGAAACUUCUUGCAGUACUAAAGGGACUCCAGAAAUUUUUCAGAAAUUGGUGAGACGUUUUAUGUCACCGAGGUAUCUCUCCAAAUCAUGUCGAUGGUACGCAAAAUCGAGAUUUUUUCUUCCAAAAAAGGCGCUCGCGUAAACGAACUACUUGGAUAUCCUUAAUGAGGACCGAGAGCGACACCUUGGAACCGUAACAGGCGUCAGGUCAUUAUAACGAACGAGAAAAAAAAUUUGACACACUUAUCCUGGGGGAAAAGGCCGACGUUGUCAAUAGUGCAAAGAAACAGACGAAUCGAUAUGUCUGUUCUGUCCAGCCCAAAAAAAAAAUCAAGAAAAAGGCGCCCCAGUGUCCACCACUCGAACGUGACAACAUUGAACCGAUGGUUAGGAAGUUUUUCGAUAGUUACAGUGCACGAGUGUCACUCUCGCAUGUUUUCUGGCGCAUUCAGAGACCACCUAUCUCUGUUCCCUAUAAACCGAAGCGUCAAGUGUGUCUGAAAAAGCAUUGGUGGUGAGUAUCUCUCUCCACCCACAUUUCUCCUGUGUGUAUCUGACAGCCUCUCCCGCCAAAAUAGAUUUUUGUACAAAGUUAGUGAAUAUAUUGAGGUAAAAUGAUGAUUAAAAUGAUAAUUCUUUGUUAAUCAUAUUGUAAAUAUACAUGAGAGUCUGAUUAUAGUUUAAUUAGGGAAUUUUAAACGAAUGAUGAAAAAUUGUGUACGAAUUUAACUUGGUAAUUAUGUUUGAAGGGAAUGAGAAAAGUGUAACAUACUAACUCGAGAAUAUAUACGAAUAAAGAGGAGGAAACUUUUUCCUCUUGUCUGUU